AUGGCGCCCAUGGCAGUUGAUCGCGGGAAGCGCAAGGCUUCCGAGGAGGCCACUACCCCGGAUUCCAAAGCCAACAUCAAGAAAGCCAGGACGGAGUCCCCAGAAACAAGGGACCAAGAAGAACCGGACACCGAAAAGGUUAAGCUGGUUCCGUACGCUGAGAAGGCUGCGGUGCUGGAAGAACGAGAGGGGAAGAUUGAAUUUCGAGUUGUCAACAAUGAUUCAUCGAGAGAGAGCUUUAUUAUCCUCACGGGCCUCAAAUGCAUAUUCCAGAAACAGCUCCCCAAGAUGCCGAAGGACUAUAUAGCCCGACUUGUCUACGACCGGACCCAUUUAUCAAUAGCUAUUGUGAAACAUCCGUUGGAGGUGGUUGGUGGAAUAACGUACCGGCCAUUCCACGGAAGGCAGUUUGCCGAAAUCGUGUUUUGUGCCAUUUCUUCCGACCAACAGGUGAAGGGCUAUGGUGCGCAUCUCAUGUCUCAUUUGAAAGAUUACGUUAAAGCAACCUCAGACGUAAUGCACUUUUUGACGUAUGCAGAUAACUAUGCAAUUGGAUAUUUUAAGAAGCAGGGUUUUACAAAAGAGAUCAGCCUCGAAAAAUCCAUAUGGAUGGGUUAUAUAAAAGAUUACGAAGGAGGUACCAUCAUGCAGUGUUCUAUGCUUCCGAAAAUACGGUAUCUAGAGGCCGGUCGCAUGGUCCUCAAGCAAAAAGAAGCUGUUUAUGCCAAGAUUCGUGCUUUUAGCAGAUCGCACAUCGUUCAUCAACCGCCAAAGGAGUGGAAGAACGGGGUAGUUGAGAUCGACCCGUUGAGCAUUCCCGCCAUCAAGGAAUCCGGAUGGUCGCCCGAUAUGGACGAGCUAGCUCGCCAGCCGAGACAUGGCCCCAACUACAACCAACUUCUACAUCUGCUUAAUGAUAUGCAAAAUCACAGUGCCGCAUGGCCGUUUGCCCAGCCUGUGAACCGAGACGAAGUCCCUGAUUACUACGAAGUUAUAACAGAGCCGAUGGAUCUUUCGACAAUGGAGGAGAAACACGAGAAGGACAUGUACCCUACUCCACAGGACUUUAUCAAGGAUGCAAAAACCAUAUUCGAUAACUGCCGGAAAUACAACAACGAGAGCACACCAUACGCAAAGAGUGCGAAUAAACUUGAGAAGUUCAUGUGGCAGCAGAUCAGGAAUAUCCCAGAGUGGUCGCACCUUGCUGACUGA